UACCUCGAAGACAGAGCCGUGCCGACAGUCCAGCUAACAGGAACGUAUUUUUUUCUUACAUCAGAGGGGCACGGACGAGUUGAGUGUUCGAGUCGCGUGUGAUCGGCCCGGUGUCGAAAUUUAUCUUAGCGGAGAAAGUCCUCAUCGAUACGUCUAAUAUCUCCGCCUCGUUCGAUAAAACGAAACCGGUUUUUUUUUUUUUUUUUUUUUAAGUUUUGACUAAGUUUUGAAAGAAGCUACGCACACACCAGUGAUUGGAACUGUCAAGUGAGUUAGAGACCAGGACUAAAAACUUAGGACUCGGAAAUCAGUGAAUAGUCAAAAGAUGGGCUCGUUUGCGAUCGGACCGGUAGCAGCCAUUAUAGCAAUAUUUAUGGUGCUGAUAGCGAGUAGCGAUGGUGCGUUGGCCAGGACAGCGUUCGAGAAGCUCACCGAUUAUGAUUAUCGCGGUACCACUUAUUACAGCGUGAGAAAUUUAUCGCUGUACGAGUGUCAGGGAUGGUGCAGAGAAGAGGCGGAAUGCCAGGCUGCUGCUUUUUCGUUUGUUGUCAAUCCUUUGGCACCUAUGCAGGACACUCUCUGCCAACUGCAAAACGAAACUGCCGCUACAAAUCCGGCAGCGCAGCCACAGAGAGCCGUUAAUAUGUACUAUAUGACGAAGCUGCAAAUACGAUCCGAAAAUGUUUGUUUGCGACCUUGGGCCUUCGAACGCAUCCCAAAUAAGAUGAUUCGCGGAUUGGACAACGCGUUAAUUUACACAUCUACAAAGGAGGCUUGUCUCGCAGCUUGCUUGAACGAGCAUCGCUUUACUUGCCGAUCUGUGGAGUACAAUUACGCGACGCUUCAGUGUCAUCUGAGCGAUUCGGAUCGUCGAUCAACGGGUCAAUACAUUCAAUUUGUGGAUUCGCAAGGAGUAGAUUACUUUGAGAAUUUAUGUUUGAAAGGUAAGGAAGCCUGCAAGUCUCAGAGAAUUUUCCAAAUGCCUAGAAUUGGCGUGACUGGGGAUAAGGUUGCACAAUACGCAGGACUGCAUUAUUACGUCGACAAGGAACUUCAAGUUCAAAGCGAAUCCGCUUGCAGAUUAGCCUGCGAAAUCGAAAACGAAUUCCUUUGCAGAUCCUUUCUUUAUCGCGGCGCUCCUCAAGGAUCGGCUUACAACUGUCAUCUCUUCCACUUGGAUCAUUGGACUCUUCCGGAUGGGCCCUCGACUUAUCUCAACGCGGAGAGACCUUUGAUCGAUAACGGAGAACGAAUUGGCGAUUACUUCGAGAAUUUCUGCGAAAAAAGUACCGGAUCGAUAUCAGAUCCGCUUCCCGUCGUCUUCGAAACUACGGAAGAUUCUACAAUAAACAAUCUUACUAGAAAUGAUAUUAAUUGCGACAAAACAGGAACCUGUUAUGAUGUGUCGGUUGAGUGCAAGGACACUCGUAUCGUUGUUCAAGUACGAACAAAUAAACUUUUCAAUGGACGUAUUUACGCUCUCGGACGAUCAGAAACAUGCAAUAUUGACGUUAUCAAUAGCGAUGACUUCAGGCUGGAUCUCACAAUGAGUGGACAGGAUUGUAACACUCAAAGUGUGCAGCGUGACGGUUUUCAGACUGGAAUUUAUUCCAACACUGUUGUAUUGCAACAUCAUUCUGUGGUAAUGACAAAGGCCGACAAAAUCUACAAGGUCAAAUGUACGUACGAUAUGUCAUCGAAGAACAUCACUUUCGGCAUGAUGCCGAUUAGAGAUCCAGAAAUGAUCAGUAUCACUAGCGCACCGGAAGCGCCUCCACCCAGGAUUCGCAUUCUCGAUAGUCGAUCGCGUGAGGUUGAAACUGUACGCAUUGGUGACAAAUUGACAUUUAGAAUCGAAAUCCCGCAAGACACUCCAUACGGCAUUUUUGCUCGCAGUUGCGUAGCAAUGGCUAAGGACUCGAAAAGCACGUUCCAAAUUAUCGACGACGAAGGGUGUCCCGUUGAUCCUUCUAUCUUUCCCAGUUUUACUCCAGACGGAAACGCUUUACAAUCUGUGUACGAAGCUUUUCGAUUCACCGAAUCUUAUGGUGUAAUUUUCCAAUGUAACGUGAAAUACUGUUUAGGACCUUGUGAACCGGCUAUUUGCGAAUGGGGUCGUGAAUCAGUAGAAUCUUUAGGAAAAAGACGGAGAAGAAGUCUUGUAAAUUCGACAGAAGAGAAAGCUGAAGACAUGACUCUGUCACAAGAAAUUUUAGUUCUUGACUUCGGCGACGAAAAACAAUCUGAGUUUCUCAAGAGCGAUGCCAGCAUAGAUUUUAACGAAGCAGAUAAAACAGUGACUAUUAUGGAACCAUGUCCAACCAAAACCUCGGUGCUCGCGCUCGGAGUAACGUGUGCUCUUCUAGUACUCAUCUACAUUUCUACAAUCUUUUGUUAUUACAUGAAGAAGUGGCUGACACCUCGCAAAAUGAUGCCGUAAAAAAAUAAUAACAAAAGCAGAGCACUCACGAUAAGGAAAUGCGAGAAGAAUGGAGAAGAAUAUGAGAGAUCAUACAUUACACUCACCACACACGCACACACAUAUACUCAUACUCAUAUCGUAAAUUAUCAAAGAUUCAUACUUGACGAGAUACUCAUUCGCUCUCUCUCAUUCUUAUUAUAUGUACAUUUUCAUUAUAUAUUUGCAACGGAUAUACAACAUGCAUAAGAGGGUAGAAGGUAAGAAGUACCAUUCAAAGGGACAAUCGUACUAUUAUAAUGCGCAUUUGAGAGUUGCAUUUAAUGCACUUAGUAUUCUUCGCGACAUAUCAUUAGUGACGAUUGAAAAGAUCGACUAUGUAAUGUCUGCGUGAAUACCGAUCUUAUCGGUGACACUGAUGCAUAAUAACAGAACAGUUAUGCUCAUUAGCAUAGAUCAACGUUUUCGAGAAUAUUUUACUCGAAAUAUAGAUAUAUAUAUUAAUGACAGAUAUAUAUAUAUAUAUUAACAAUAGAUCGUUUCGCGCGCAAAAAAUAAGUUACGCAUUUUAUAUUAAAGAUUAUCAUGAUAGACGCGAUAACGAUCACGUCGGGGAUAUGUUCAAAAAACAAGCGUGUACUCGUGAUUUACAACAAAAUUGCACUAAAUGUUACUAACACGAUUUAUUUAUCUUUGCGCAUAAAGUAUUUGCUACAUCAGCGACUGUGAUUAAAAUUUGAAUGAUGAUUUGCGCAUGUGUCAGAUUGUGGAAGAGUGUUCGUCGCGUAAAGUUGGCACGAUCAGCUCUUCCGUCGUAUAGAGAGAACAUACAUAUACAUAUGAAUACAUACAUAUAUGCAUGCAACACACACGCGGAAUUUGCUCGCGACUCAAGACCACCUUGAAGAUGCAAUAAGUAGAUUUAUUUAAGAAUAUACUUAGAAACAGCUAACUGUCUUCUAGUAGCUACUUCUGAUCGGGUUGCAAGGAGAACGGAAACGAGCGGACGAAUUUUUUUUUUCGUCUUACUCAAAAAGAAAAAAAAACAAAACAUGUAUAUCCGGUAUCUCCUAAAUGGUUAAUGCGGCCCUGGCGACUGUUUCCAGUCCACGGAGAUCGAUUUGUAACCCGCAUCAAGACUAGCGGUAUUUAAAGGUUCACGCUUCACUAACGUCUUUAACGAUAUAUGUAAGUAGCAGUAAGAUAGUGAUUAUAAGCAAUAAGCAUAGACAAAAGAAAGAGAAAAAAAAGAAUAAGAAAAUAUUUUCUCUAAUUUGGCGGCUUCUCGAAAUGGUUCGUAAAUUUUUCUUUUGCAUCUGUUAGAAAUUUUCGAAGAAAACACGUUAAAUAUUAAACAUUACUUACAAACAUUAUUUAUAAACUCAUCACUAAUAUGUAAUGAGAAUAAUGUUAUAACUGAUAAAUUUUGUCAGAAUUAAUUUGAAUAUUGUCGAUAAUAUAAGCGAUCAAGUGAAGAAAAAAUAAAGUAUGUGAGAAACCGUUAGAGAAACUUUUCGAAACUCAUAUAAGCAAGUACCUCUAUUCAUUUGUUCUGAUAAAAAGAAAUGCUUAAAUGUCCGGUUGUACUUAAGUAUAGAUUUGUCAUUUUUGUACGUUCGUUUAUAGCGUCGAAGUUUGCUGAGGUUUUUUUUAGAAAUUUUUAGCCAUGUGGCGGAGCGGUUUAUAGACUGUUACACAAGAAAUAAUCAAUGUGUUAUUGGCGGCGUAAGUGCCUGAGUAAUAUUGUAAGGACACAAUUAUAUUUCGAUACGUUGUCAAUUAAUCAACUCCACUCAAUUAAUGAACGCUUUCCCGCUUAAAUUUUUAAUCUCACAACUAAUGAUUUGUAACUAUUACAAUGAUAUACUAAUUCGAUACGGAAGAAAGAGACAGAUAAAUAGAAACAUCACGUAAUGAGUCAUAAACAGCAUGAAUUGGGUGGAGUAAAUUAAGACUUCCGGUUAAGGUGCUUGCUGUAAAAGGGAUCACACGCUCAAAAUUAAAUUUCUUCUGAAUCGUAAGAGCGAUAAAAAAAAUAGCAAAAAUCAGCGGUUAAUUUUGUCACAAAAUUUCUUGACUUUUAUUUAAAAAAUAUAUAAAUAAGAUUUUCUCAAAUUUGCAGUUUACUUUUCAAUAAAAUUAUCAGCUACAACAAAAAAUAGCUUCUGUUUUUUUGUAUAGUAGAGUGUUUAUCAAAGUAAGGUAAAUUUCUAAACAAUGGCGAGAGAAUUAUGGGUCGGUUAUUUCAGUUUUUGCUGAUCGUGGUGUAAAGCCUGGAGAUAGGUUGCACAGUAAAACACUGGCAUUGUCGAUUGUUAUUUUCACUUCAUUUUUUAUUUCAUGUUUUCCAGACUUUUGACGGAAACGUAAAAUAUAAUAUUAAGUAGUUGCGGAUCACCUAGCAUUCUUACCGUCUCCGUAGGGAGUCUAGAAAAACAGAAGGAAUGCGGAUGACGACACAAUUGCUAUAAAGCUAAAAGCCCAAAAGUACAAACUCAUAGCAAAAGUUACAAUAAGAUUUUGACCCUGAAUCUGUUCUAUUCUUUGUACCUUGUUAUUGUGUUCUACGGACUCGGUUAAAGAAAGAUGAUCGGUCUUUAUACUCAACGACGACAAAAACUUUUACCAGGUUUGUCAUAAAAUUAAAGACAAACAAGGUCCGUCGACAUCAAAACCUGCCUCUUAAAACUCUAUUGCAACUUUUAUUACAGCUGUAUUAAAUAAUUUAUUCGAAGCCGUUUUUGUCAAAUGUGUGAUUCCUUAUGCAAAAUGAUUUAUAAAAUCAUUCUUACAAAAUGUACAUAUUAUUAAGUCAGACUCUCCUCUCUCUUUGCAGACAUUAAAAGUUGAACACAUAUAAGUAUCAGUAUGCAUCAAUCAUACAUAUAUUUGUACCCUAUUUAUAUAUAUAUGCAAAUGUUUCAAAAAGUAAUUAAACUCAGAUCAAUUUUGACACAA